GACUGAGAGAGGAGAAACAAUUCCUCUGGCAUAUCACAGGAACUACACAUCACUCUCAGAGGUCCGUCUCAUCAACAGUGGGUGGAACUCCAUCCUCUCCUCAUUGGUAGAACCACUUUAGAAGACCUUUCCCUGAUACCUUUUUGAAGCAAGCACUCACAUUAUCUUCAGCAAAUGUACUGUUGUUGUUGUUGUACUAUGCUAGUCCAUGCUGCUAAAAUAUGCUGACUCACAUGAUCAGUUGACACCAAUGACGUGGUCCUUCCAUGAGGAUUCGGCCACUACAAAGUCUGCAACUGAAGAUAUAUGGUUUUGUCAUUUUCCUAUGGAGCAAUAAACCCCAACUGCUAUAUUACUGAGCGGAUUCCAGGGUUAUGGAGCCUCAGAGGUGUGUUGUGAGUCCUUGAUCACAGCAGUAGCACAUUAGACUCAAUGGAACUGCGCUGAGAGAGUGGAUGCACCAGUCUGUAUGGCUUAAACAGACCAUAAUAUAUCAAUGCAAUUCUCCUAACCUGGAUUCGUUCCAUUGCCCUCCUGGUCCUAAGAGUGUUGUCUUUCUCAAACGCAUCGAUGGGGGACCCAUUGCGUCAUGCUAAGGAGUGGGAGUGCAUUUUCUCAAUAAUGUAAAAAAAAUGGAAUGUAGGCUAUUUGUUACCCUAAUAGGGAUUGAUCAGGUACACUUGACAUUUUCCCCUAAAAUAACUCAAUAAGAAAACGGUAAAGUAGGACUACAAGUGCAGUUGGACUACAAGUGCAAUAUAACUACAAGAGCACUAGGACUACAAGCGUAAUAGGAUUACAAAAAAAAAGUGUAAUAGGACUACACCAGGUCCAUUGUACCUGAUGCAAUAGGACAACAAAUGCAGUAGAACAUCACUUUUUUUGUAGGACUACAACAGGAAGUUCAGUUCAGCAGAACUACAUUGCCCACCAUGGUGUUGCCGCAGCCAGACAAACGCCACGUGUGCCUGACCACCAUGGUGAUCAUGACCAGCAUGGCCUUCAUGGAUGCCUAUCUGGUAGAGCAGAACCAGGGGCCCAGGAAGAUCGGAGUGUGCAUCAUCGUGCUGGUGGGAGACAUCUGUUUCCUCAUCGUGCUGCGCUACGUGGCAGUGUGGGUCGGGGCUGAGGUGAAGACCGCCAAACGCGGCUACGCCAUGAUACUCUGGUUCCUCUACAUCUUCGUCCUGGAGAUCAAGCUCUACUUCGUCUUCCAGAACUACAAGGCGGACAGGAAAAGCCUGGAGACGGUGGCCCGGAAGGCUCUAACCUUACUCCUCUCCGUGUGCGUCCCGGGGCUAUACUUGGUCCUGGUGGCUCUGGACAGCAUGGAAUACGUGAGGACCUUCAGGAAAAAGGAGGACAUGCGGGGGAAGCUGUUCUGGGUGGCCCUGGACCUGCUGGAUGUUCUGGACAUCCAGGCCAACCUGUGGGAGCCCCAACGGACUGGCCUGCCCAUCUGGGCCGAGGGACUGAUGUUUUUCUACUGCUACAUCCUGCUCCUAACCCUGCCCUGCGUCUCCCUCUCUGAGAUCAGUGUCCAGGGGGAGCACGUCUCGCCCCAGAAGAUGAUGCUGUACCCUGUUCUUAGUCUAGUUACUAUAAACAUAGUCACCAUCUUGAUCCGCGGGGUUAACAUGGUGCUGUUCCAGGAUAGUAGGGUGUCUACCAUCUUUAUAGGGAAGAAUGUGGUGGCUAUAGCCACAAAAGCCUGUACGUUCCUGGAAUAUAAGAGGCAGGUGAAGGAGUUCCCUCCACAGGACCCUAGCAUGGCAGGUAUAGCCCUGGAGCUGCAUCAAGGGAACUCUGUGGGUCAUAGCCACGGGCACAACCAGACCCUGCCCAAUGCCACCACUAGCCUCUCUGACGAACCAUCACCGACCGAGGUCAUAGACACAUGACCCUCGCCCAUGGAUAGUUAGAUGCUUUUCACACUAUAAUGUCGACCGGAUCCAUGUUGUGACGGCUCUGAUAUUUACCUUUUACAUUGUGCUUACCAGCACGGGUUCAGCAACUACCAUCGCAGUACAGCUUGGCUUAGCUUGGCUCAGUAGUGUGAAAAGGGCGGUAAGUGUCUGACCCUGAGCUCAGCUAGACUGGACUAGACUUCUCAGAGCUCAGCUAGACUGGACUAGACUUCUCAGAGCUCAGCUAGACUGGACUAGACAUCUCAGAGCUCAGUAUGACCUCAAACAAGACUGUUCCGGUCCUACGGAGUGACAGAAAGAAACGACACGUUUCACUGAGACCACUCCAGCUCAGGAAAACGGCCCAGCGCCUUGCCAGCCAGCCUCCCAGAUGAACUGAUGAGAUCAUUCUGAUGAAGACUGAUGUGUUUUUCUAUUCUAUGAUGUGUGUUUCUAUACUUCUCUAUGGUGGACUAACAGACAGACGGACACAUAGAGUUGACCUCAGAGACAAAAACCCAACACAGCUCAGCAGAUAUGAGCUCAUAGUCUACCUGUUAACCAUACCUGGGUUCAAAUACUAUUUGAAACCAUGUCAACUACUUUAUCUGGACUUGAUUGAGCUUGCCUGACACAAUGGAACGGAUGGAAUAGUAGCAAGAGUGAAAACCACACCCGCCUGGCACUCCAGGCAGACUAGAGCAAAAACCUAAAAGUGUAUUUUUAAAUUCAAGUAGUAUUUGAAGCCAGGUCUGCUGUAAACGCUGUCUUUUUUGACUCUUUGGAGUUUUUGUAUUUCCAAGGCAAUGUUUUUACGUGAUGGUGUACCGCUGUAAUUCUCGUUGUCAUUUUAAAGAUAUCUAUCUAUAUAUAUAUAUAGCCACUGUCAUUGAAGUGGUAUUCAUUUGAGGAUUCCUGUCCUCUGCGAGAGAAUUGCAGAGCAAGAAUGGAUAGAGGGGAAACAAAGAGGCAGAGGGAAGGUAUGUGGGGUUGGAGGAGGAAGCAAGAGAGAGAUGGAGGGAAGGUGAGAGUGGGAGGAAAAUGGUUGGGGAGAUGGACAGUGUGUGUGUGUGUGUGUGUGUGUGUGUGUGUGUGUGUGUGUGUGUGUGUGUGUGUGUGUGUGUGUGUGUGUGUGUGUGUGUGUGUGUGUGUGUGUGUGUGUGUGUGUGUGUGUGUGUGUGUGUGGGGGGAGGGAGGAUGGAAAGGGGUGGAGAGAUGGAGGUGUAAGCCUCUCAGAAGGGGAUGUCCCUGGUACUGUGUGGAUUUUGAAGUAUGAGACCAGACCAUAUGCACAGUGUCCAUAUUAGGACAGCCUUAGAGUCACAAGACGUUAGUGUCAGACACCAGGGCCUGUAUGUGUCAAGCGUCUCAGAGGAGGAGUGCUGAUCUAGGAGAAGGGUUUGCCUUAUAAACCAUAAUUAAUAAGAGGCGGAACCUGAUCCUAGUUCAGAACUCCGACUCUGAGAUACUUUGUGAAUAUGGGCCCUGACUAUAUUAACUCCUUGUGACUCAGAGGCUGUAAUAACAGGUGAUUUACAGACCUGUCUGCUUCACUGAGCUCAGCAAUAUCUGUCGAUGGAAGAAUAAAGAA